AUGAUCUUCGCUCUUUUGCUGGGCUUAGCAGCUAGUCAAUCAACAACACCAACAACAAUUCAUGACGGCCAAACCGUCGACGGUAGUAAGCAUUCUUUUCUGGGUGGUCUUGAUCUAUAUUUAUUUCAUGUUUCCAAUCUGACAGGCUCAGAUCUUGCAUUAACUCUGACAACAUAUUCUGACUGAGACGACCCAGAUCUCGUUGUCUCUAAAGGGAGUGCCCCGACCUUAGACAACUUCGAUUGGAUAAGUCUGACAUGGGGGAUGGGCUCUAUUGUAAUUCCUUCAGAUGAGCUCUCUGCAGAAACAGACUAUUAUAUUUUGGUAUCAUGCUAUACAUAUUGUCGGUACUCUCUAACAGUCUCUUAUAUGUCAGAAAUCACUCUGAUUGAAGGCGUUCCUAUGUCAGGAAUUUUAUCUAAAGGAAGACAGCAAGUCUAUAAGUUCUUGACUCCUGAUACAGCCUCAGAACAAUUGUCAAUAGAUGUGACUUUAAGAAAUGGUGACAUCAAGCUAUUCGUUUCAAAGAAUGGUGAAGAGCCAGGGACAAGCAACACUUUGCCAGUUGACAAAGCAUGGCACUCCGGAAUGACGUUUAGUGAUCCGGUCCCAGAUGUGAGCACGUGGUAUAGAGCUGCGGUUGUAGCAUUAGAGGAUUCUCAAUUUACAGUCAUUGCCAAUUUAAAUCAGACUGAAGUCGUUGACUUACAAGCAUCAAUUACGAGCUAUGGGAUCGUGAAUUUUAGCGAAUUCAAUUACUAUAAAAUUUAUGUGGACAAUGAAAACGAAACCCUGUCAAUUUUCCUUACCCAGUUUUCUGGAGAUGCUGACAUUUAUGUGAAGGCUGGAAAAGCUCCUACGAGAAAGGAUUAUGAUUUUUGCAGCAUUCAGGUAGGAAAUGACACUUUAACAAUCUCAAGCUCUCAGAGACAAGGAAUCAAUAAGUCUGUUGGGUACUAACGAUGAUCCCCCCUCAAUCUUCAUGUCUAUUGCAACAAAAAUGCAAUUUUUUAAUAUAAAAUUUUAUAUAAAAAAAAAUAAUUUUCAUGUCUCUUGCAACAAAUUAUAUAUAUUAAAAUGGCGACACGUGUCAACCUGCUCUCUUGGCGCAGCAGUCCAGACCUUAUGGCUACAGCGAACUGGGACGGACUCCGAGCCGAGAAUCAGACGCAGGCUCAAGAAGUGUGUAUCCGGGUAGGUUUUGGUUGCUUUCCUGUGUUUGGAAAUGGAAGUGCUCAACAACGUCCUUGGAUCCGAGGACCCAUGGGUAUUCCUCUAACGAGAAACUGAGGUUUCAGCCCAGGCCACAGGGGAGCAGUCUUUUUCCUGUAGCUGUCGAGAGAGAGAGAGAGAGAUUAGUUAGAGAGGUUAAGCGGGGAUUAUUUCAGCCCCUAGCCAGUCGGACUUCAGCUUCGUGCUUCAUGUGGCACUAAGCACUAAAGCCACCUAACGCCCUUUUUCUUCGGAGCUAUCAAAAAUGGUGACGUCCUCAGUCUGUCGGGGAGACUCACCCCGACCCUGCUGGAUCAAAAAUUUCGGCAAGGACUCUCUUAACCCCUGGUGGUGCUCAGGGUAUGAGAGGAUCGUCCAUUGUCUUCUUCUGGAACCACCUGUGCCAUUCGCAGGCACCAUAAUGCUCCUCCAGAAGUGCUUGAUUGAUGUUGCGCCGUCGGUAUCUUGUCUGUGGGUCGAGGGGAAGCCCAGUCAGCCCAAGCCUGCACCCCACCCCGGAGAAUUGCCAUCUGCGACCCCUUGGCCUUCCGGCCGUUUUAUUUUUUUUUUUACACGGCCGAAUUCUGGGAUUUUUUUUGCUGUCGCCGAGCCAAAAUGGCUUUCCAUCUUGCAAGAUGGAAAUUUGUAGCUGUCGAAGAAAGGCACUUUGACACCCAAUAGACUACAAGAGCUGAUCCUUGGAAUCAAGCUACUCCAAUCGUCCGUAGUAGGGCGCAGAAAUCCAUAAGCCGCCCACUCAAGACUGAACUCCCAAGGCAAGGAGGAGACAGAAGGUACCGGAAGGGCACUCGUAAGAGGGAUAGAUCCUAUGGGCUGGAGUCGAAAAGCAGUAGAACCUUCCGUACGGGAGAUCUUUAAUGACUGCAUCAUCAAUAUGGCUAGCGCCUGUCUGUAAUAAUCUUAAUCCUAAUCCUCUUGCAACAAAUUUUUCGAUACGCAUCUUAUAUUUUUCCGUACUUUUUAGCUAUAUAAGUUUAAUAAAAUGGCGAGCGAUGACAAUAGCCGUCCAAAUCUCGAUGAGAAGGUCAUUGACACACCUACAGUAGCGCUGUUUUAUGGUUUUUUUGAGAAACUCACCUAGAGAAAAAUGCAUUAAUUUUUUUUACAAAAAUGUUGUGUUGCAGUAGGCAUGAAGAUUUUUUCGAAAAAUUUUUGUUGCAGUAGACAUGAAGAUUGAGGGGGGGUCAUCGUUACUAUAUCGGCAUCUAUGGAAUUUCUCACUCAGCUUAUGGGCUAACUGCAUCAAUCAAUCAAGAAAGUGUUGUAUGGCUAGUGCCUGGAAUACCGCUCACAUCUUUUGUAGACUCACAUGACAUUUCAAUGCAUUAUUUAAACCUGGUUCCAAAUUCUGUCUAUAACAUCUCAAUCCACUUAACAGCGCUUUCGGGAAAUCCUGACUUAUAUGCAAAAUUAUGCUCAUCAACAGAUGUUAAAAGCUGCACAUUUACUGAAGAUGAGCUAAGUGGGCAAUCUAGCUCUGUAUAUUCUUCGAGAAAUCAAUAUGGGAGCGACUCUAUUACGAUUAGCCACCAAGCCAACUCUUGCAGAGCAAACCUUACCUGCGCUUACCUCAUCGGAGUCAAAGGAAGCUCCAGUUCCCGCAGCGAUUAUACAGUUUUAGCUACUUAUAAUUCUACGAUGGAGCAAUUUUUGCAAGAAGGAAGGCCAGUAUCUAUGAGUGUGACAGGAGGUGAUUACAAAUACUUCAAAUAUAAUGUCUUCAACAUCACUGUAAUGCAGGUAGAAUUCAUUUUGACACCUAUAACAGGCGAUCCAGAUUUGUUUUCAAGCAGAACUUAUCAGCCAAGCACUUCCAACUAUGAAAUGUCAUCAAGAAAAAAUGGAGUUAUGGUUGAUUCCAUCAAAUAUGCCAAAGGUGUAGACGGAGAGACACUUAAUGGAGAAUAUCAUGUCGCUGUGUAUUCAACUCUAUCCUCCUCUUUUUCUAUAGUCGCCAAAGAAACGAUUCCAGGCACAAAUACAACAAUUCUUAUAUACCCAGGACAUCCUCAAAAAGAUACGCUUUUUAACUCUAAUGACACUGACUACAGAAUUUACUACUUCCCUAUUCAUUUUACUCACUCCCUCCCUUUAUAUAAAAUUUAAAGAGGGGUCGAUUUUUUUUUAAAAAAAAAAUUAAAAUGUUUUCUCUAUAAAAAAUUUUUUAAAAAAUAAAAAAAAUAUAUAUGAAGAACAAUACUUUGAAUUUUAAUUUAUUUUUAUGAAAAAUAAUUAAAUAAUUAGUUGAUUCAGUGCAAAGCCUGUUUAAUGUUGUUCUACUUGCAUUUUGCCUAUUAAAUUAGGCUAAAACUAAUUUUAUAAAAAUAAGUAUUUUUACCUCCAGUUUUUCUUUAUAAAAUAAUAAAAUUGAACACAAUACUUUAGAUUUAAUUAAUUUUUAUGAAGAAUUUAAUAAAAAAAUUAAUGAUUUAGCGUGAAAAUUUUUAAAUAAUGCUAUACUUGUAUUUUGACUAUUAAAUUAGGUCAAAACUAAUUUUAUAAAAAAUUAGUAUUUCAUUGAUAAAUAAAAAUUAUUGUUCAAUUUAAAGGGGGUUUAAAAGUACAAAAAAGUGCAAAAUUUACCGAUGUUUCAUUCCAAUUUAAAUGGGGAGUCAGCAAACAAAAAAGCCUAUAAGAGUCUCAUUAACACCUAUAACAGGAAAAUUUUCAUUAUAUGUUGCAAAUCAGCUGGAAAACUUGGACUGGUCAAGAGAAAUCUUUUGGUACAAUUGGAUGGGAUAUUCGAAUGGCAGUGAUCCAAAUAAUGUCAUAAAUAUUUUACCUUCAGAUCCUCAAUAUAAGCUAGAUAGCACUUAUCUUAUAUUGGUGAACGGGGAAGAAUUUGCUUAUGAUAAUACUUCAACUUAUUCUAUAGUCUUGUCAGUUGGCGAUGGCACUGUAAUUCUAUCUGAUGAUGUGCCAUAUACAGAUCAAGUCUCUGAUAAGAGCUACAACUUUUAUAUGUAUCCGAUUCAUGAAGACCAUCAAGAAGUCACCAUUUCUGUCACAGCCCUAACAGGAGAUCCUGAUAUCUACGUUUCUGUGUUCCCCAAUAAUACACGUCCUACAAAGCCAAAUUUUGAUUAUGCUUCCAAUGUAUUCGGAAGCGACACCAUCACACUUGAUUAUAAUCGUGACAUAAAGCAAGGCUGCCAAAGCACCCAAACAAGCUGCAACCUUUAUAUUGGAAUCCAUGGUUACGUAGCCAGCACUUAUACAAUCAGAGUCCACUCAAAGAACAACUUGCCUAAAGCUUUAGUAUCAGGAGCUCCAGAAACUGACCAAUUAAACAAAACUCAAUAUAACUUUUACUACUAUUCAGCAUCGACUUUAGUCCCAUUAUCGAUUAGUAUUCAGUCGUCCCAAGGAGACGCUGAUUUAUAUGUGAACUUAAUGGACUCAACUGUAGCAGGCAGCAAUACUUCAUCAUGGCUUAUGCCUACAUUGUAUCAUGCUCAGUAUUUAUCAAUGUCCACUUCCCUUAUUGAUGAAAUUAAUUUGAAUAAUACAGCUCUGGGAUCUGGGUGUCCAAGUGGAACCUGCAUUGCCCUUGUAGGAGUUUUAUGCUUCAGCGAUUUCUGCAGAUAUACGAUUGAGGUGAACCAAAACUCAGUCUAUACCCUUAUGGAAGGAGAAUCCAAGUAUGGCUAUGUGGAGAGUGGGAAGUUUGUGUAUUAUUCCUAUUAUUGUGACAAGGACUGGACAGACUUGGUUUUCACUGUAACUCCACUUAGCAGUGGAGACCCUGAUUUAUUUGUAAGCAAGGGAAGAGACCAAAGACCAGUCCAUUCAAGCUCAAACUGGAAUUCUCAGUCAUGGGGUGGUGAUUUGGUAUCGAUUAUGUCAAAUGAUACUUACUUUAAGACGGGCAACAUCACAAUGAAAGGGAUUUAUAUCAUUGGAGUCUAUGGAGCUUCUGCUUCUUCUUUUACAUUGACUGCUAAUAGCCAUUCUCAAGCAAUUACAAAACUAACUGUAGGGCAGCCAACUUAUGGUUCUGUAAGGCUAAAUUCUAUUAACUAUUAUUAUUUCGUGAACUCAGCUAGGCAGGAUAUAACGAUACAGGUUACGCCAAACAUGGGAGAUCCGGUUUUAUAUGCGAAUCCUGAUGCAAGCGAUGAUGAUUUGUAUGGAAAAAUGCCUACGAGUACAAAUUACACAUGGUCAAGUAUAUCAAGCUCUGAUAGAUAUACUAUUAAAAUCUCCAAGGAUGAUCCGAAUCUGUGCUUGCUUUGUAAUAUUGUUAUUGGCGUGUUGGCAAAUAACUAUAAUUGCAGCUAUAGCAUUAUUGUCAGUACAACAGCUUCUUCAAUACUCCUGCAAAAUGGGGUUCAAUAUAACUCAAGAUUAAAUACUGACGAGUAUCAUUAUUAUUAUUUCCAGGUAGUCAAUAAAAGUGACAUUGAUGUUUCCUUUACUUUAUUCAGUGGAAACGGACGAAUUUUCUUAAACACAAACGAUACCAUAGAUAAAAAUCACUAUUUAUGGACUUCUAAUGACAGCUCCAAAAUAAAGCAUAUUCACAUAAAAGAAAAUGACAGAAAUUUGCGAAUCGGACUCUACUAUAUAGCAGUUUAUGGAGAAGAAGAUGCCUCAUACUCAGUGAUCGCUACCACCAGAAACAGUUAUAUCAGCUUAGUUGAUGGCUGGCCACAAACCUACAGUCUUGAAUAUUAUUCACAAGAUAAGCUAUAUUUCACAUAUAAAAUCCCUAACGGUUUUAAUAGCCCAGUCUACUGCCAUUUAAGGUCUUUCCAGCAGGAAUUCAAGCCUUGGGUAUAUGCUGAUAUUUAUUUAAGAAGUUUUGACUCUACUAGAGAUUAUCCAUCCCCAAGUAUUCAUGACCAAGCUUAUAAUAUUUCGAACUAUAUUGAUUACAGCAAUACCUUGCAGAUGGUCUUCAUGCCAAAGCCUCAAGCUACCAAAAUUAAUUUAGCUGUUUUCGGAAUGACACGGCCAAAUCACUCCUCAGACGAGCUUGGGGAUUUUGAGUUAGUAUGCUCUUCAUCAAUGCAAUAUACAGUGCUACGUGAAGGUGCUUCAGUAAUUGAUUCCAGCUCAAGCUCUAUAAAGACCCAUAGAUAUGAAGUCAAUAUUGAUACCAAAGGAAAACUUGAAGUGAUCAUAAUACCUUGCGAAGGAGCUGUCAAAAUGGAAAUCUCAUCAAAUUGGACGAUGCUAAGUCAGGAUGGACCUGAUGUUGUAGUAACUAGACCAGCUGACGGAAGGAUUGUAGGGGAUAUUAACAACGCUCAAGGAAAAUAUUUUGUAACAGUCUCUCAGCUAAACGCAAAUACCUCAACUGGAAAUACAACUUAUCAAAUCAUUGCAAAAGUAGUCAAGCCUGGUCAAACCAAAGACAAAUUAGUUAUCCCAGGCCAUGAUGGUUUGAUUGAAUCUACCAGAAUUGGUAGAGAUGUUUUGAGUCUAUUCUGGGAGCCUCCAGUAUAUGAAAAUAACGACGCAUAUGAGAAAUCCUCUGAAGUUGUUUAUGAAAUCUUUUUCACUCCCAACGAAGAAGAGCUGAUGUCUACAGCUUGCGGAAUGUAUUAUUCCUGGAUCCACAAUAGAAGUAUAUGGCUGGGCGAAUCCGGCGCAGGCAACACUACCUUUGAAGCUGAGUUCCCAGAAUCUGAUGGAAUUCUCAAUAUAAUCGCUGUCCUUCCAGUUCAUGACCAAAACUGGCUUCAUUACAUUCCUUAUGACCCCAUAAGUGUAUCAAGAGGAUCCCCUCCCCCUCAUCAUUGGAUUUGGAGGUUCGUAAUCUGGGGGAGUGCAAGCAUUUUAGUUGUCGCUGUUGCUUUAGCUUUCAUAUUCUAUAAGAAAUACAGAAGAUCCCAAAAAAGGCUUGAAUAUGAAAUGACAGAUGUCAGAAACGUCGCUGCAGCAGGGCUUAAUAUUCAGCCUCAACCAAACAACUAUGACCCUCUCCAUGAAGAAAAAAUAGAUAGCUAA